AUGAGCGCUUCUCAGAUCAGCCCGUUGGUCACUCAGCGGGAGGUCAUCCAUGCAUACCGUCAUCUAUAUCGGCAAGGCCUGAAGGCAAUCAGAUAUGCGACCCCCGGCCGGCAUGUCCUUCGAACAACCUUGCGGACUUCCUUUGGCGCUGCUCCACCCGAGGAGUUCGAUCGGACAAGAAUCGCCAACACCCUCCGCUUCUUCGAACGUGCAGCCGACAUGACGGGUCUCGAACACAGAAUUAUCAAGAACCUGCUACUCACUCGGUACUGGGAACUACCGCAAAACGCCAAAGAGAGUCGCCUUUUACGAAGCCUAGGACUUGGCAACGCAGAGCACCAGAUACGGAAAAGUGCCUACGACCAAUUCAACUUGACACUGGAGCGUUUGAAUGAGAGCCUAGGAACGUGUCUCAAGUGA